CGGCGGCUCGGGCGCGUCAAUCGGCACAACGUCGCAACGCUCCGGGGCGCGCCCGCCGCCGAGAUCUCGGGCGCCCUCGGCGAUCUCGGCACGCUACUACCGCUCAUGAUCACCCUAGCCCUACAGGGGUCUAUCGACCUACCGUCGACGCUGGUGUUCUCGGGCGUCUUCAACAUUGUCACUGGCGCUGUGUUUGGCAUUCCCUUGCCUGUGCAGCCCAUGAAGGCUAUCGCGGCAGCCGCCAUUGCCAGCGGCGCGUCGCUCCGGGACACUGUCGCCGCGGGCGCGUGGGUCGGCGCCGCGGUGCUGUUCCUCAGCGUCUCGGGCCUGCUGCGUCUGCUCACGGCCUACAUCCCCGCGCCCAUCGUGAAGGGCAUCCAGGUCGGCGCCGGCUUCAGCCUGGCCAUCUCGGCUGGCUCGUCCCUGGUCGCGCCGCUGCCGUGGCUGUCGUGGUCGGCGGCGUCCCCCCUCGACAGCCGUCUCUGCGCGCUGGUCGUGUUUGCCGUCCUCGUCCUCACCCAGCGCAUGUAUCGGCGCUUCCCGUUUGCCCUGGCCGUCUUCAUCUUGGGCUUGCUCGGUGCCAUGGUCAGCAUCAUGCUUCUCCAGCGAAGGUCAGACAGCGAGUACGAAGAGCUGCCGCAUUUCUCGCCUUGGAAUCCGCGUCUCGUCGUCCCAGCCUGGGGCCACCGCGAUGCCAUCGGCAUGGCCCUCGCCCAGCUUCCACUCACGACGCUCAACUCCAUCAUCGCUGCUGCGGCGUUGGCUGCCGACCUGUUGACUGCAGGCCAUGCUGACAGCGUGCCGCCGCCGUCUACCACGGCUCUCGGGCUGUCCGUGGGUGCCAUGAACCUGGUCGGGUGCUGGUUCGGUGCCAUGCCCGUCUGUCACGGUGCUGGUGGCCUCGCCGCGCAGCACCGCUUCGGAGCGCGCAGCGGGGCUUCCGUGGUGCUGCUCGGCGCCUUCAAAGCCAUCGUCGGACUGGUCUGGGGCGAUUCUCUGCGCGGUUUGCUGCACAGGUUCCCGCGCAGCCUCCUGGGGGUCAUGGUGGCCGUGGCGGGUCUGGAACUGGCGCGCGUGGGGGCCGCCAGCUUGGAUGAUGCCGCGGGCAGUGUCGAUGGCGUGGAGAUAGCUAUGGCACGGCGCGAGGAACGGUGGACCGUCAUGCUGGUCACGGCGGCAGGCAUCCUCGCCUUCAAGAACGACGGCGUGGGCUUCGUAUUGGGGAUGCUAUGCCACGGUGCCUACCGGCUAGCCGAC